GAUCCGGCCGCCGCUGGCAGUGCCUGACCAGGUUCUUUUUGGCAACAGGAGCCGAGCGACACACCGUAGGCCUUGCCAUACUCCGUACAGUUCCGCACCCGUACCGCACCGUACACUACGUCAAGGGAACCAACUGCACGUUGCGCCGUCCUCCGGACAGAGCCUCACUUAGUUACUGCAUCCGUAUACGGUCACUCACUCACUCACCCACACUCACUCACUCUCACUCAACCCAUCUCACGUUGGUUAUUGUGACUGCCUACGUUCUAUCAUAACCAGCAUACCCACCAUGGGUUCCGUCUCAUAUCCCAAGGAGGAAGACCGCCACACCUUCUACGGCGGCAAGGCACAGCAGUCGGCCGACAGCCCGGGCACGUUCCAGACCAUCGACCCGUCCACGGCCCAGCCAGUAGCCACCAUCCACACAUCAUCACGCCAGUCCGUCGACGCGGCCAUCGCCAGCGCGGCCGCCGCCUUCCCCUCAUGGUCCGCCACGCCGCCCAUCGAGCGCAGCCGCAUCCUGCACCGGGCCGUGGCCCUGCUGCGUGAGCGCAACGACGAGCUGGCCCGCGUCGAGACGCUGGACACGGGCAAGCCCUACUCGGAGACGUCGGCCGUCGACGUGGUCACGGGCGCCGACGUGCUCGAGUUCUACGCCUCGCUCGUGGCCUCGGGCGGGCUCAACGGCGAGAGCUUCCGCCUGCGGCCCGACGCCUCCGUCACCACGACCAAGGAGCCCCUGGGCGUGUGCGCCGCCAUCGGCGCGUGGAACUACCCCGUCCAGAUCGCCCUGUGGAAGUCGGCGCCCUGCCUGGCCGCGGGCAACACGCUCGUCUACAAGCCCAGCGAGUUCACGCCCCUGCACGCCCAGCGGCUCGCCGAGGUCUACCGCGACGCCGGCCUGCCCGACGGCGUCUUCAACGUCGUCUACGGCGCGGGCGACGUCGGCGCCCAGCUGUCGGGCCACCCGCGCGUCGCAAAGGUCAGCUUCACGGGCCAGGUGUCCACGGGCAAGAAGGUCGCCGGCGCCGCGGCGGGGGCCAUGAAGUACGUGACCAUGGAGCUGGGCGGCAAGAGCCCCGUCGUCGUGCUGCCGGGCUGCGACGUCGGCAGCGCCGUCGACGGCGCCAUGAUGGCCAACUUCUUCAGCUCGGGCCAGGUCUGCACCAACGGCACGAGGGUGCUCGUCCCGCGCGCCAUGCUGCCCGAGUUCGAGCGCGUGCUCGUAGACAGGAUGCAGCACGUCCGCGCCGGCGACCUCUUCGACCCGGCCACCAACUUCGGGCCCCUCAGCAGCGCCCUCCACCGCGACAAGGUCGUCGGCUACAUCCGCCACGGCAUCGAGGCCGACAGGGCGCGGCUCCUCUACGGCGGCGACACCUCGCCCGGCGCGGUCGACGUCCCCGCCGCGCUGAAGGGCGGCUACUGGGUCCAGCCCACCGUCUUCACCGACUGCACCGACGACAUGAAGAUCGUGCGCGACGAGAUCUUCGGCCCCGUCAUGUGCAUCCUGCCCUACGACACCCUCGACGAGGCCGUGCGCAGGGCCAACGACACCGAGAUGGGCCUCGCCGCCGGCGUCUUUGGCCGGGACAUCGACCAGUGCCACCGCGUCAUCGCCCAGCUCGACGCCGGCAUCACCUGGGUCAACACCUGGGGCGAGUCGCCCGCCGAGAUGGCCGUCGGCGGGUGGAAGCUGAGCGGCCUCGGCGUAGAGAAUGGGCGCAAGGGCCUCGAGAACUGGACCAGGAACAAGAGCACCCUGAUCGAGAUGAGCGGCACCGUGCCUACCGUGUUUUCAAAGCUGUAAAUACCUUACCUUCUGUCUUUUCUUGGCGUCAGCGGUGGAGUUACGGGUCGGGCGGUUCCAGGCUGGUAUCACGACUGCAGUGAGGGGAGGAGGGGGGAGGGGGGACAGACACUGCCAGGCACCCUACAUGAUGCAAACUUGGAAAGCUCCAGAGAGUCUUGGUUGCUUCGAGGCUGUAGUGGUGCCAUACACAACGGCAUAUUUCACCUCUUUGUAUGUCUCAGCCACAAAUCCGCCUUAUUCCUAUGGUUUCUCAUCCGUGGGUCAUGGUGGAUUAUAAGCUCAGCGGCCCAAUCAUAUGCGCAUCUUCUCCA